GAUAGGAGCGUAUUGGAGUGGACAGUUGGUUGUUGGAUAGCAGCGUACUGGCAGGAGGAGAAUCUGGCAGAAGCGAGCCGCUCUCUGGCGGCGAUGCACUGUACCAGCGAGGCUGGCUCGGCCAGCCAGCUCGCGGUGCCAGAGUCAGAGGUUCCCCUGUGCGCGAAGGCUUGUAACUCGUUGUAACGUAACGCGAAGGUGUGCCGAGGCUGGCUUGCCUGUUACCUGCCGUAGUACAGGGACGGCGUAUUGUGAAAGUGCGGUGCCGUGCCGUGUGCGUGUCCAAAACGACUGAACGUCUCGUCCGGAUCAGGAUUUUCGCGAUCGAAGGAAAAAGAAGGACCUGUACGAGUACGUGGUGAGCGGAGCAUGAGAACAGGGUGUAUCCGGUGCGGAGACUCCAGAGCAGAGUGACCACUCCAUUCCCAGGGUAUAAAUCCUCAGGGAGGCCGGAUCACGUACCUCGUGGAGCAGGAGGGCUCCUCAGGAUGCUGAGCGUCCCGGCGAGCAUCCACGGGCCCCGAGUCUGCGUGCGAAUUGCCCGGAGGAUAGCCAGCUGAGAAUGUCGGAGCAAAACGGGCCCACGGAGGGCCCGGGCCCGGGCUGGUGGCCUCCGGCACAGUCCUGGAAGUCAUCUUCGUUGGGCGCACGCACCGAGGCUGGGAAGAACGUUUCCGUCACUACGAUUAACGUACCGCCGGCCCAUGAGAUGCAUGACGGUAAGAGCGUCUGCAAGUAUCUGGGUGGACAGAAUGGCGUGACGGUUUCAGUGGUGUCCAGCUGCGGAUCAGCUUCCGCUUCUGGGUCCAGUAAUGUCGUCGGUACCGGAAACGCUGGCGAGUCCGGUUCCGUGGACGACGUUGAAGACAGUGACGGUGAGGUGAGCAAGAUCGACUUCCGGGGUGUUAAUCUGCGCACGAAGAAGAAACGGGAUGCUUCCGGCGGACAAGAAAGUGAGAACAGUGCAAUUGGCACUGACAAUAUUCAGCAGCAACCCGAAAGGCCAAUGUCUUGGGAGGGUGAACUCUCGGACCAAGAAAUGUCUUCCAAUACUAUCACGAACCAGGACCACGAAGAAACGUUUAUGGAGGGUGUACAAGUGUGCAGUGCGAGUCCUGGACCACAGGAACAAAAGUUUCCAAUAAAACCGGAGCCGGACUUUAGGUCAAGUCCAGGACUCGCUUUGGGCUCCCAUAAUGAGACGGCCUUGCCGCUUAAUCAUGCUCAGCAACUGCAGCAGCAGCAACAGCAACAACAGCAACAGCAGCAGCAACAACGUGGUCUGGACGGUCUUGAACAGACACAGCAGAGCGACCUACCCUUGCUGGUUGGCAAACUCCUAGGGGGUUAUAAUAGUUCAACCCCGAAUCACAGUCCUGUACUAAAUCCUCGGCAUCAUCUUACUAAGCACAGUCACACCCGGUCUCAAGUCCCUUCGCCGGAUUCGGCGAUUCACUCGGCCUAUAGUGUCUUUAGCUCUCCCACGCAGAGUCCUCACGCGGCACGGCACUCUGCACUAGGUGCUGGCAGUCCUGUACCAUCCUCAUCGCUGUCACUUUCACGACACAGUUUCAAUAAUUCCACGUCUUCGUUAUCCUUGUCUCUGUCGCACUCUCUAUCGAGGAACAAUUCGGACGCCUCCAGUAGCUGCUACAGCUACGGAUCCCUUAGUCCGCCGACACACUCGCCCGUCCAGCAACCGAGGCAUUCCCAUCCGCAGCAGCAGCAUCAUCAAGUCACUCAGGGCAGUCCUUUGCAUCUACCCGCAGCCACCGGUGCCACUCAUCAUUAUUCCACCCCGGGAUCGGAACUCUCGGAGGGUCUCGCAGAGGACCAAGAAGACUGUAGGAUAGCGCCGGCACCCUCGGGCAUCUCCACAAGGCAGCAACUUAUAAAUAGUCCAUGUCCUAUAUGCGGCGACAAGAUCAGCGGCUUCCAUUAUGGUAUAUUCUCCUGCGAAUCCUGUAAGGGAUUCUUCAAGAGGACCGUACAGAAUCGUAAGAAUUAUGUGUGCCUACGUGGCGCGGGAUGCCCCGUCACCGUCGCCACUAGGAAGAAGUGUCCAGCAUGCCGAUUCGACAAGUGCCUGAACAUGGGAAUGAAGCUGGAAGCGAUAAGGGAGGAUAGGACUAGAGGCGGUCGCAGUACCUAUCAGUGUACCUAUACUCUACCUGCUAACCUUAUCGGCGGGCCUGCUGGUGGCAUUUCCGGUGAUAAAAUCACCGGUGGUACCUGCAGUCCAGCACCGCCGGGAUCGGAGCAUCAUCACUCAAUGAGACAUCAUUCAAAUCAUUCGCACAAGCUGCAAAUGGUGCCACAGCUCCUACAGGACAUCAUGGACGUGGAGCAUCUCUGGCAUUACAACGACAAUGAUCGUAUGACUAGUGGGCAGGGUAGUGGUAUCAGUGGUGGUAACGGUAGUGGUAGCGCUGGCGGUGGCGGUGGUGGUGGUAGCGGUAGCGUUAGUGGUGUCAGUGGUAGUGCUAGUGGCGGUGGAAAUUCAUCCGGAGGCGGAAGUUCAUCCGCCGUCGGAAGUAACGGGAACAUACCUGGAGGAGAAUCGUCGAGACCAAGUUCCGCGGGUCCUCCAUCCUCUAAUCACGAACAACAUUCACCACCGGCGAGUACCCCUAACUCGAAUUCAACCUCCAAUCCUAAUGGGAAUCCCACGCAGCAUCCGGACUUUCUUUCAAAUCUGUGUAACAUCGCCGAUCAUAGACUCUACAAGAUCGUCAAGUGGUGCAAGAGUCUACCGCUCUUCAAGAACAUCUCCAUAGACGAUCAGAUAUGCCUUCUCAUCAACUCCUGGUGCGAACUCCUCUUAUUCUCCUGCUGCUUUCGCAGUAUGAGUACGCCUGGCGAGAUCAGGGUGUCCCUUGGCAAGUCGAUAACUCUCGAACAGGCGAGACAGCUAGGUCUUGCGACGUGUAUCGAGAGGAUGCUGGCCUUCACAAAUAAUCUUAGACGACUCAGGGUGGAUCAGUACGAGUACGUGGCGAUGAAGGUCAUAGUUUUGCUAACCUCGGACACCAGUGAACUCAAAGAACCCGAGAAGGUAAGAGCGUCCCAGGAGAAGGCUCUUCAGGCGCUGCAGCAGUAUACAAUCGCAAGGUAUCCCGAGAUGCCGGCAAAGUUUGGAGAGCUGCUACUCAGGAUCCCGGACCUGCAGAGGACCUGUCAGGCCGGGAAGGAGUUGCUCAGCGCAAAGCGUGCCGAGGGCGAAGGCAGCUCUUUCAAUCUACUAAUGGAACUUCUACGAGGCGAUCAUUGAAUUCGUCAUAUUCGUUAACGUCGCCCCUUCAGGUUACUAUAAAUAUAUAUUUAGACGUAAAAGGAAUCAACGACAGACACACAAGUGUACACACACAUCACCCGGGGACGAGCUUAAGGUUGCGUCCUAGCCAUAGAACACUCGUUAAACUUCGACGAAGUCUUAUAAACGCCCGGUCAUCUCGUUCUCCCAGAUUUCGCAGGCUUUUAAGUAGGGUCCAUUAAAGUAUCGGGAAUCAGGUAGUACUAGCGGUAGUAAAUAAGAGGAGCAUUUACAGAAAGAUAUCAUGAAAAGUAUUGUUAAAAUGGUAUGUGUGUCUGUAUGAAACUUACGAGAGAGAGAGAGAGAAAGAGAGAGAGAGAGUCAACGCAAAAAGCAAGAUGAUAGAUCAGAGAAUAGGAAAGUGAUGGUGCGAACGAAUAGUGUAAGAGAAGGAUGGAGAGAGCCGCACGAGAAACGACUGUAAUACGCCUAGAGUCCAUAGUAACGUUAGCUCGUGGUGAGGGAACUAUAUUUCUAGAACUAUUAGAAAAUAGGCUGAUAGAGAACUUAUAGACACUAAUAUAUGUGUAUACAAGCAUAUAUAUAUUUUCUACUGAAAUGCUUCCAAUACGGGGCUUGCGUUCUAGCAUUCCUGCAUUCCUGCCUUUUUCAAAUACAGGAGUCUCGAUGCGGCCUACGGUAUAAGCCCCACCCACAACGUCCAGCGUUUGUCCAGGAUGCGAGCGAGACUGAUCUCUAGAGAAUUCCGAUCCAGGCCGAGGCUGAGAUUGCGAGCGAAAGUAUUUUCUAUUUUUCUUUUCUUCUGCCGCUUCCCACCCUCCGGUCAAAAGCCCUCUUACCAAUUUCUUUUGUAGUAAUCGCAACCUUUAUAAAAACCAGUGGGAUCAUUCUUUUCUUCGUCAGAGAUAGUACGAAUGGUUGUUCCAUAUCUUUAUGUGAAAUUAAGGAAAAUGAAAAAUAUCUGUGAACAAGUGCGUGCGCAUCUGUCUCUGUAUGUGUACCAGUGAAGAGAGUUAAGGGAUGUUUGAGCAAGUCGAGUGCGAGUGUGACAAAGAGAGGGCAAAUCGGUACGUGUCUUUUUUUUUUAUAUACAUGCGGCGCUGAAAGUGCAACGUCUUGCGACGACGACGUUUUAUGAUAAAAACACCACCAGUAUUUUGUAUUUUUUUUUCUUCUUUUUUUUUUCUCUUUCAUUCACGUUUACUUAAAAGCAGUGUCACGGUGCGUUAUACAUAUGUAAUAUGGAGCGAACGAUAAGAUUAACGUGCGACAGACGACGGCGAGAAUCAGGAGCGACAACGGUGACGGCAAAAGCAACAAGAAAACAAUGUACUUAACAAAAAAAAAAAAAAAAGAAAAGAAGAAUCGAGCGGAGAAUUCUUAAUCCUUAAGGCUUACCCGAUUAUAUCGCGUACACCUUUCUUGAGGUAUUUUUUUAAUAUACACUUUACACAUCAUUACACAAUAUUAAGCCCAAAAAUAUAUAUAUACACAUUAUAUAUAUAUUCUGUAUAUAAUAAGCAUUACGGAAAGACACGCCAGCGUCCCGCGUGUAAAUACGUCCUGAUCCGACGACUCGGCAUUAAUUAAUUAUACUAUAAACAUAUAUUUAAAAAAAAUAUAUAUUAUAUACAUAUAUCAAGCGUCCCGUCUUUUGGGGCGUUUCCGGUCCGGAAACAAAAUGAAACUAAUUAUCCAUUCUAAUUCGAUAGGGGGAACGGGGUGGGUGGGUCGGGGUAGGGGUACAACAAUAUUUAAGGGUAGAUACUUUUUGUAGCGUGCCUAGCGUGCCAAGGAGCAACUAUUGUUACAUAAGGUGGUCUGUGCCAGAGUGUUCCAACGUAAUGAAGCAAAAAUACUAAAAAUAAAAUGGAAACUUGCAGAAGCAAAACUAAAUGUGUGAAACAGCAAAAGAGACAAGGAAACGAUAAACAUAGGCAAUUUGUAAUCCCAGUGACUAGACACGGGUAAUCGACUAGGAACAUAUAAUGUGCGGUUGGUUAUGCCUGUCGAGGAAGAAAUAAGAAUUGUACGAAUAAUAAUGAUAAUAGGAUGUCGGAUAAAUAUAUUGUCUCUAUUGGAAAUGCGUCUUAUUACAAUAUAUAUGUUUCACGCGCUCCAUCUGGAAGAGGAAUAUCUUAUUACGUGGCGCGUGGGUUGUUGGCCUUUUCUAAUUACAUACUGAACAUACAUAAAUACAGGCGCAGCCUUCAAUAUCGAUUACUGCUGCGAUUAAAUCAAUAAAUAGUAAUUUGAUAAAUGUUAAAUAGUUAAGUAACAAAUCUACGUGAAAUACGUAUGCCGAGGUAAGACUGCUGUAGGAUUGGAGAAGACGAACAAAAAGAAAUAAAAGGAAAUAAAAAAGAACGCCGAAUGGUCUAGGUUCAGGUCGUAUUUUAUAUAUUAUAUAAUCGAUCAGUGAAAAACAACGUGACGGCGAUAUAAUAGUAUGAGGGAUGAAUGUAAGAUUCACCCAGCACUCCUUCACGGGGUGGAUGGAGCGUUGAGUUUAUUACCGAACACAGGACGAAUAUUCAUGUUACAGAUUGAAUAUAUGCUAAAUGGAUAUACAUCUCUUGGCGGUUAUUCAAGAAUUUUUAUUUGAAACGAUUUACGUACUACCAAGCAAUAUUUACAGAAUUACGUAAUAAAAGUUAAAGAGAGAGGAAAUAAGAAAAAAAUCACAUACAUUAUCCUUCGUACACAUGCAUAUGUAUAUGUAUAUAUACAUGUUAUUUAUAACUGCGCUAAUUAACACUCACAAUCACACAACCGAUACGAUUAAUCAAUGGAUACGUUUUACCACUAAAUUCAAAUGACAGUUGAAAUACAUUGACUGUAUAUCUAUAGUUUACUAAUGUACAGAUAUACAAAACGUGUGCUUCAUGGUUCAAAUUGUCUCCGGUAGGAACGCAGUCUCUCGCGUCAGGAUGUUCGACUUCUCUCGAUUAAUGAAAUAACUGAAAGAAACGAAGAAGCUAACAUUUUAACAAAAAGAAAGGAACAUUUCCAUGGGCACUGAAAGAUGAGGAUCGUUGUUUAUAAUUAAUAUACCUAAAUGACAAUUGUAAUAGAGGGAACGGUGGUAUUAGUGUGAUAUGAACGUGGAUAGAGUAACCAGCUGGUUAAGAAGGCUGACGACGACGACGACGACGAGGAUGAAAGAAAAGUAAAACAAACAAAUAUCCAGUAUUCCCGAUGAUUCAUAAUGAAUUGGUAUUAUCGUCGCUGAGAGGAGAUAUAAUUGAUAGUUCUCUAGGGUUGACGUGAAAGUAACAAACAUUGUAAAUAGAGAGAGAGAGAGAGAGAGAGAGAGAGAGAGAGAGAGAGAGAAGUUCUUGAUUGUUUUUUGAACAAUAGCGGCCAGGUUCGUAAUUGCUGAAUGACUGACAAUGGAUAACUGCGUGAAAGGGGAACGUGCGUCAGAGGGUGUGUCUGUCUGAUAUGUGACAUGAGUUUAUGAAUAUCACAAAAAUUGCACGAUGAAAAUAUUCUGUAUGAGUAUGAACUGCGUGCGUGAGUGUGUGAAUGAGAAUAACGUUCUCUCAGUUUUCCGCCUUUUCAAUUCUGCUUUAUAGAGAGAUUAGAUUGGAUGAUAUUGUGUGACGCAAAUGAGUCGUGGGGUCGGGGGAAGUUCUGAAAAAAAUAAAACAACGUAAUGGUAGCAUACGGAGAGAACGGAUAGGAUGGAUGCGUGAGAGUGGUAGGUAUUAAUGAUUACGAAAAAAAAAA